UUCCCCCCUCUUCACAACCCCCACUACCACCCAAAACGCAAUCAUCACAAGCCCCCUCUUAGCAUUCCAUCGCCAUUUCUGUGUCCUCACUCUGCGAAGUGCAGAUCAACUCGUAGAAUUUUUUCUCCGUAGUUUCCACAUUUAAUCGUGUUUUCCCUAAUUUCAUCUGCAACCCUAAAUCUACUUGUUUGGAGUGUCCGCCGAUCUGAAUCGAGUAAGAAAUGCCCAUAUUCUCAGAGCAAGCGAGCGCUAUCAGGAGCCGGUUUAGGUUUCAAGAACCCUCGGAUUCGGAGUCUGUUCAGAGUACUCCGGUUGUGUUUAGAUCUCAACCCAAAGAGAACAAUUUCUUGCUACAGUCUUCGGUGAGCCGAAGUAUUUGUGAAAGGGAUGAUCAUGGUGUUAACGAUCAGAGCUUCGAGUUUCAGGAAGAUCCAUUCUUUUGGAAGGAUCACAACGUGCAGGUCAUCAUCCGUAUACGUCCGCUCAACAAAGCUGAAAUAUCCCUCCAAGGCUACAACAAAUGUGUCAGGCAGGAGAGUUGUCAAACAGUUACCUGGACUGGGCCUCCAGAGUCUCGUUUUACCUUCGAUCUUGUUGCUGACGAAAAUGUUAGCCAGGAGAAGCUGUUCAAAGUGGCUGGAUUGCCCAUGGUAGACAAUUGUAUGGGAGGCUACAACAGUUGCAUGUUUGCAUAUGGUCAAACUGGUAGUGGAAAAACUCAUACGAUGCUGGGAGACAUUGAGGGUGGCACUCGAAGACAUAGUGUUAAUUGUGGGAUGACACCUAGAGUCUAUGAAUCUCUAUUUUCAAGGAUCCAAAAGGAAAAAGAGUCUCGUAGAGAAGAAAAGCUGAGAUUUACCUGUAAAUGCUCAUUUUUGGAAAUCUAUAAUGAGCAGAUUCUAGAUCUUUUGGAUCCCUCCUCUGUCAAUUUGCAGAUUAGAGAAGACGCAAAGAGAGGUGUUUAUGUGGAGAAUCUUAAAGAAGUAGAGGUCACAAGUGCUCGAGAUGUUAUUCAGCAACUUGUUCAGGGAGCAGCGAACAGAAAGGUGGCUGCCACUAAUAUGAAUCUUGCAAGCAGCCGUUCUCAUAGUGUUUUCACUUGUGUCAUUGAAAGUAAGUGGGAAUCCCAAGGUGUAACUCAUCACAGAUUUGCUAGGCUAAAUCUUGUAGAUCUGGCUGGAUCAGAGAGGCAGAAGAGUUCAGGUGCUGAAGGCGAACGUCUCAAGGAAGCCACUAACAUCAACAAGUCACUUUCAACAUUAGGACUAGUGAUCAUGAACCUUGUCAGUAUUUCUAACGGGAAGUCUCUUCAUGUUCCUUAUCGCGAUUCAAAGCUUACAUUUUUGCUUCAGGAUUCACUGGGAGGAAAUUCAAAAACAGUCAUAAUUGCAAAUAUAAGUCCAUCUAAUUGCUGUUCAUUGGAAACGCUAAGCACACUAAAAUUUGCUCAACGUGCGAAGUUCAUCAAGAACAAUGCAAUUGUAAAUGAAGAUGCUUCUGGAGAUGUUCUUGCCAUGCGUAUGCAGAUUCAGCAACUCAAGAAAGAAGUGAGCCAUCUACGGGGUUUAGUCCAUGGAGGGGCUGAGAAGCAGGAGAAUGAUAACUGGACUGUAUGCUUCCCAGGAUCCCCAGGCUCUUUCAAGUGGGAAGGGCUUCAGGGAUCAUUUAGUCCACUUACAUCUGACAAAAGAGGAUCUCAGAAAAGAGAAUAUGAAACAGCACUUGUUGGAGCUUUUAGGAGGGAAAAGGAUAAAGAAAUUGCAUUACAAGCAUUGGCCGGUGAAACUCAGGCCGCUAUGCAGCUGGCAAAACAAAGAGAAGACGAGAUACAGAGUUUAAAAAUGAGGCUUCGUUUCCGUGAAGCAGGGAUAAAGAGGUUGGAGGCAGUUGCUUCUGGUAAGAUAUCAGCUGAAACACAUCUUUUGCAAGAGAAGGAGGAACAUCUAAAGGAGAUAGAGGUUCUCCGCACCCAAGUGGACCGAAACCAAGAAGUGACAAGAUUUGCCAUGGAAAAUCUGCAACUAAAAGAAGAAGUUAGAAGGUUAAAAUUGUUUGUGGAAGAUGGCGAAAGAGAGAUGAUGAAUGAACAAAUCAUGAUAUUACAGAAUAAGUUACUGGAAGCAUUAGAUUGGAAACUUAUGCAUGAAGCAGAUUCUCGGAUGGAUCAGAAAGGAAGCUUAAAUUUGGAUGCUGCUGCAAGCAGCGAGGUGAAUCUGCUGAUUUCCAGUCAAGAGCCACCAUCACCUUGGCAUUCUUCCAUGAGUGAGGAGAAUGAAUUCCUCCGUAUGCAGGCUAUUCAAAACCAGAGUGAAAUGGAUGCACUUCAUAAGAAACUAAACAUCUGCCUUGAAGAGAAAGAAAUUUUGGAGAGGCGUGUGAAUGAUUUGGUUACAGAGCUAGAAGAAGAGAGAGCUUCCAGGGCCAUGAAACAAGAAGAAUCAAAGGAGCAACAGCAAGCUGAUCUGCCACUUUCUUUUACCACGAUUGACCAUAGGUCCAACAUCACUUUGGACGAUCAAAUGGAGCUUAAAACCAUGGUGGAUGCAAUUGCUGUGGCAAGUCAACGAGAAGCACAAGCUCAUGAGUCAGCAAUUUUAUUGGCAAAAGAGAACGAAGAAUUGCGGAUGAAGCUAAAAGUCCUACUUGAGGAUAACAAUAAACUGAUUGAAUUGUAUGAACGUGCUGUUGCAGAGACUAAACUUCAAGUUAAUAGUUCCACUGCCUCUUCUGAAAAGAAGGAAGUGGAAAGGACAAAAGAGAUUGAGAACCUAGAGCACCAGCUUCAUGAAAUGCAGGAGGAAAAUGAAAAGCUAAUGGGUUUGUAUGAGAAAGCCAUGCAGGAGAAGGAUGAACAUAAGAGAAUGCUUUCCGAAGACAAAAUUUUUGCUGCCUCUUCUGAAGAGAAGGAAGUGGAGAGGAGAAAAGAGGUUGAGAACCUAGUGGCCCAGCUUCGUGAAAUGCAGGAGGAAAAUGACAAGCUUAUGGGUUUGUAUGAGAAAGCCAUGCAAGAGAGGGAUGAACAUAAGAGAAUGCUUACCCAAGAUAAGGUUUUUGCUGCCUCUUCUGAAGAGAAGGAAGUGGAGAGGAGAAAAGAGAUUGAGAAUCUAGCGCACCAGCUUCACGAAAUGCAGGAGGAAAAUGACAAGCUAAUGGGUUUGUAUGAGGAAGCCACACAGGAGAAGGAGAGGACAGAAGAGAUUGUGAACCUAGCGCACCAGCUUGAGGAAAUUCAGGAGGAAAAUGAGAAGCUAAUGGGUUUGUAUGAGAAAGCCAUGCAGGAGAAGGAUGAACAUAAGGGAAUGCUUUCCCAAGAUAAUAGUUCUGCUGCCACUUCUGAAGGGAAGGAAGUGGAGAGGAGAAAAGAGAUUGAGAAUCUAGCGCACCAGCUUCAUGAAAUGCAGGAGGAAAAUGACAAGCUAAUGGGUUUGUAUGAGGAAGCCACACAGGAGAAGGAAGUGGAGAGGACAAAAGAGCUUGUGAACCUAGCGCACCAGCUUGAGGAAAUUCAGGAGGAAAAUGAGAAGCUAAUGGGUUUGUAUGAGAAAGCCAUGUUGGAGAAGGAUGAACAUAAGGGAAUGCUUUCCCAAGAUAAUAGUUCUGCUGCCUCUUGUGAAAAGAAGGAAGUGGAGAGGAGAAAAGAGACUGAGAAUCUAGCUCACCAGCUUCAUGAAAUGCAGGAGGAGAAUGACAGGCUGAUGGGUUUGUAUGAGGAAGCAACGCAGGAGAAUGAAGUGGAGAGGACAAAAGAGAUUGUGAAUCUAGCACACCAGCUUCAGGAAAUUCAGGAGGAAAAUGAGAAGCUAAUGGGUUUGUAUGAGAAAGCUAUGCAGGAGAAGGAUGAGCAUAAGAGAACACUUUCCCAAGAUAAUAGUUCUGCUGCCUCUUCUGAAGAGAAGGAAGUGGAGAGGACAAAAGAGGUUGAGAACUUAGCCCACCAGCUUCAUGAAAUUCAGGAGGAACAUGAAAAGCUAAUGGGUUUGUAUGAGAAAGCCAUGCAGGAGAAGGAUGAAAAUAAGAGGAUGCUUUCCCAGAUUUUUGGAGUGAAUAGUGAAGUUGAUAAACUUUCAGAUGAAAUUGAAGCCGCAGAGAAUGUUAUUAAGUUGAAGGAGGAAGAGGUGGCAGGCCUCAAAUUAUUCUCUUCUGAAAUUCAAGAAAGGAGAACUGUCAUGGAUAACAAAUUCUUGGCUCUGAAAUCUUUUCUUUGUCGUUUUCCUUCAUCUUUUGGUUACUGGGAACAACGAGAAGCUCAAGCUAGGUCAACUGUUAAUGUGUCAUCCUCUUAUGUGAAUCAAAAGAAAGAGGAGCUCUCCCAUCUUCAAGCUCAAAAAGACGAAAUUGAGGCUGCUCAGAGGAUGGUUCAGCAGUGUGAUGCUGAAAUAAGAAGCAAAAUCAUCUGCUUAAAGUCAAAAGUGGAGGAGGAACACCGAAGACAAGAGACAGAGAAGGUACUACUUGCAAUAGAUAAUGUAGAUAAAAAAGAAGUUGCUCAGAGAAAUUGGCAAUUUGGAGUUAAAGCUACUGAAUUGCUCAAGUCUGAGGAAGAGCUACCCAAGCUGCAAGCGGAGUUGAAGCAAUCACGAGAAAAGUUGGAUGUCAUACAGAAGGAAAUUGAAAAUUUGAGGCGGAGUUCUGAGAAGUUGGAGGGCAAGAUGCACACUGUUGAAGAAGAGAUACAGACUGGUUUAUGCAAAUUAGAAAAGAUGGAGCUUAAGUUUCAACAAGUCUCACACGAGAAAGAAAUACUUUUGGAAUCCAUUGAGAACAAGAGUAGUGAGGUUGAACGUAUGAUUCUAGAAUACCAGCAGUGCAUAUUUGAAUCAGAGUUGAAGAAGGAAGAGAUGAAGGAAACGGAAGAAGAGCUACAAAGAGAGAUUAGAAUCCUAGAGGAGCUAAGAGAAGCUAAGGUUGAGGCAACCCAAAGGAAGACCCAAGUGUUGGAUGAUGCCAGAUGCAUACAACCAGCCAUUAUCUGAAUCUACGUAGUGCUACUUGUUCAAAUUUGUUUUGUAGUUUAUGUAAAUAAUAUUUCAUUAGCCAGCUUUCCUCAGUUUUAAGAUCGAACUUCGCAUUUGACAUAGUAAUGGCUGAAACUUUGAGCCCACAUGCUUCUGAUACUUGGCUGGCUGCCUGUCUGCCUAGCAAAAGGAAAACAUGGCUAUGUUAUAUAAUACUCAGUAUCUGGGUGUUGCUAGAAUUUCAUGACAUUUUAUUUUUGUCCAAUCAUGUACGAGUGAUGCAAAUGAAGUUAAAGCUAUGUUUUCCUUUUGUUAGGAAA